UGGUUUCUGUUAGCGUUAGCUGCCUGGAAACAGCGACUUAUAUCAUCAGUCAACACUAACGUCAGUCAGUCCUUCACGUUAACGGCGGAAAAUUCGAGUCUUCUGGACAUGUUGGCGGUUUCAGACUGAAGGAAAAAAGUCACGCUGACACGUACACAUCAGGUGGAAGCGGUCUUUGUUUACUAAUGGUUAGCACAGAGUCUUUCUGCGUCGUCAGCUCAGUUUGAACUUAAACUAGCCGAGUCCUCGACGUAAGGCACGGAGCUAUGCGAGGGGAAGACGUCAGCAGCACACACGAACAUGGAGGUGGCUGUUAAAGCGAAAGUCAAAAGGAGACACCUGAAUGCAGCGGACUGUGAUGAACUGGGACGGAGUGCAGAGGGCACUGAUGCCCUCACUCAGCCCCACCCCGUUAACCACGGCAACCGCAACCCCAACCCCAACCGAGGGCUUUACCCCAGGACGCCCACCAAGAGGCGCAAAUGUGCAGCCGACUCGGGAAGUCCCUCUGGCCGACAGAAGGGCAUCAACGACUUCUUCUCUGUGACCGGAGUCAUCAGUUCCAGUCCACACAAAUCCUCGCAGCCCUGCUCGUCCACGCACGCGGACAGACUCGACGUAGAGCCAAAGGUUGUGAAGGAAGAGGAGGAGGAGGAAGAGGAGGACGAUGACAUCAGCCUGUUAGCCGCUGCGGUGGCGAUGGAUCCUGAAGCAGAGGAGGAGGUCGAUGAUGUAAGCUUGCUGGCUGCGGAUAUGACGCCAGAGCUAGAGGUGCAGCAGGAGGAGGGGGGAGUGGAUUAUCUGGAAGGAAUGACAGCGGAGAUGUUUGGGGACGACGAUGAAUUCAACCAAUGUGAUGGUGACAUUCACAACGAGUGCAAGGAGGUGGAGGCCCUCCCUGACACCCACUAUGGGCUUCUGGGUAGUGAAAAGGUCCUGCUGCAGCCACAGGGUUGCAUGGAUGAUCUCCCAGAGGAAGUGCUGAGACAAGUACUGUGCCGGAUCCCUGCCCGGGACCUCUACUGCAAUGUCAGCCUUGUCUGCCAGCACUGGAGGAACAUCGUCCAAGACCCCAAGUUCGUCCCCUUCAAGAAACAAUAUUUCCGCUACAUGAUGAGGGAGACGGCGACGAUGCUGGAGGUCUGCGGCAUCCUAAAGAGCAGUCACAUAAUGGAUCCAGCAUCAUCAGAGCACAGCUUACGACACCUCGUUGUGUUAAUGGCCCAGCAUAAGGUGGGAGAGCGGGUGAGGCCGGAAGACGUUCUGGAGUGUGUAAAGAAACAUCGCCUUUUUCCUCAGGCUGAGGCCUCCAUCAGAUUACGUAUUCCUGACGUUGAGAAGUCCUUUAACCUCGGCAUAGAGGGUACCAACCCGUACGCGGCCAUGGCUGUCAUACUGACCCUCAGUGAGAGUGUCGGUGACGUGCAGGCGUUGGUGUCUCUGCUCACCGGCUGCAUGUCGGACACCACCAUUACAGAGUACCUCCACCACAUGGCCAUGAUGUUGCUUGCCUUGAUGAGGAGCAACAGCAAGAUUAGUAACAGGUUGCAUUACAACAUCUACUAUGUACUCCACCUGAUGGAGAACGGCCCUUUCCCCGUCAGCUCUGGACAGAGCGGGCGCCCACAGUUUCAUCUCACAGGUGAACAGCAGCAGAUCCUCAGCCACAACAUCCGGCCAGACCAUGUGGUCAAGAUCGUGGCUUUUGCAGGUACAGGGAAGACGACCACGCUGGUGAAAUAUGCCGAGCAGCGGCCACACCUCCGCUUCCUCUAUGUGGCCUUCAACAAGUCGGUGGCCAGUGAGGCGCAACGUCGCUUUCCCAAAAACGUGGCUUGCAAGACUGUCCACUCUCUGGCCUACAACGAUGUUGGGAAGAGCUACCUUUCACGCAAGAAGCUAACCUUCAACUUGAAGCCGCUUGCCCUCAACUCUGUUCUGCCCGAAGGCCGUGGCGGAUUCACCAAAGCCAAAGUGGUGAACAUGACUCUCAAUGCUUUCAUGGCUUCAACGGACCCCACGAUCACUAUCAGCCACGUCCCUAGCAGCCAUAUGAGCAAAAAGAGCCGCAGGGAGCUAAUACAUGAUAGUGAAAAGCCGUUGUUUGUCCGUGACGCGCAGAACAUCUGGAACAAAAUGAAAGAUCUCAAUGAGACGAAACAAGAAGCCUACUUUAUGACCCAUGAUGGUUACCUGAAGCUGUGGCAGCUCCAAACCCCAAAGCCCCGAUUGUCUGACUGCUACGAUGUCCUCUUCAUCGACGAGGCCCAGGAUUGCACUCCAGCCAUCAUGGACGUGCUCCUCUCUCAGCGCUGUGGGAAAAUCCUGGUCGGAGAUCCUCACCAGCAGAUCUACACCUUCAAAGGAGCCGUCAAUGCCCUGAACAUUGUCGCCCACACACACAUCUACUACCUCACACAGAGCUUUCGGUUUGGCGCCGAGAUCGCCUACGUGGGUGCCACCAUCCUCAAAGUGUGUAAAGGAGUGCAGAAGAUCCUAGUGGGAGGAAAGCAAAAGGGUGCUGUGUGUGAUGACACUGCAGACGAUAUUAGAGCAACUUUAAGGACCGGUUUCAGUCAUUGUCCGGGGAAGACGGCCAUCUUGUCAAGGUGUAACGUCAGCGUGUUCAGCGAGGCCGUCCGGCUCACAGACGCCAACCCAGACUGCCGGAUCCACUUUGUCGGAGGUGUCAAAGGUAUCGGCUUGGACAGAAUCAUGGACAUCUGGAACCUGUUGCAACAGACAGGCAGCAGCCACAAACCGAAAUUCAUCAGAGAUCCACUUAUUCGCUUCUUUGCCAAGAAGAAUCAAAAUCCCUUCUGGGCCCUGAAGAAGUAUGUCACACAGACGGAGGACAAAGAACUGGAUGCUAAACUCAGCAUUGUUGAAAAGUAUAGCAGCCGCGUCCCUGAACUGGUGACGCGUCUGCAAAGGUGCUUUGAAGAUGACUUUAACAAAGCAGACUUCACAUUGGGAACAGUCCACAAGGCUAAAGGUCUAGAGUUUGACACUGUGAUCAUCUCCGAUGACUUCAUCAAGGUUCCCACUUCGAGACACAACAUGCACUUCUCUCCCGAGUUCUCGUUCGAUAAGAUUCUAGACGAUGAGUGGAACCUGCUGUAUGUGGCGGUGACUCGUGCAAAGACCUCACUGAUCAUCACUAAGUCCAUCAGCCGCAUCCUCACAGUGGCUGGGGAAUACUUCCUGAAGUCAGAGAUGCCCAGCUCCUCUCUGAGAGCGGGUGAGCCUAUCCCGUGCUGCGUCACAGACUGUCCCAACUGCAUCACGCCCGGAUCGGCCUUCAUCAUGCGCAAACGACAGAUGAAAUUUGCUGACGGUGUGUCUCUUGGAGGCCCGCUGUGCGAGAGGUGCGUGUGGAAUCGCAACGGGCCAACUGCCUUCCUCAUGACCGAUGAUGUGCUCUCAAUGGCUGAAAUCCCACGUGGGUUUCAGCCGGUGGCCCACCAUGUAAUGCUUCUGGCACUUUUCUGAUGUUGCUCAUCUUGGAGGACCUGAGACAAAACUUUAUUUUAUGUGAAACGAGUUUGGGUCUUGAUCUGGACCAGGACCAGGAAUGUUGGGUCACCCAGAGACACUGAGACAGACUGAAACUUCAUUUUAAAUUGUUGUAACCCCCCCCCCCCCCCCCCCAAAAAAAAGUUUUUAUUUUGGUGUUUUGAUGUGUGUUUUGAAGACAAAAGGGGAAUUGUGUGUUCUAAUAUCCUGUUGGGAUGCUUGAGGGAGUCGGUUAACAGCUGAUUUAACUGCAUUGAGAGUGAUUGUAUGACAGGUUGAGUAUUAAAAAAAACUAAAUACUGCCAGACUUUUUGAGUUUUGAUAAAAAAGAAACAGAAAAACAUUUGGCAUUUGGUUAAAUCUGAUCGAAGUCGACAUUUUUCUUAAAAUCAGAUAAAACUUGGCUUUUCCUAUCACCACACUGUGUGUGAGACACAAAGCCUUGAGAACUGCAUUCUGUUCUUACUGCCAACAGCUGCUAUCAAUCAGCCUCUAUUAAACAGUUUGUCCAGUAAUGGAAAAAAAAAAAACACACAAAAAACCACAGAAGCUCUUCAGUGCUUCAGGAAGAUAGUGAUGGACUCCUAUCGAAGAGGAAACAUUAGGCAGAGAUUUUUUUUCCCUGAGCAAAGUCUCUUAACACAGACAGCUCUGUUGUCUGGACUUGUUUCUGCUCAUCACAGUUUACUUUAGAAACUGGAGGAGUGAACGGACAUUCCAGGGGAGACGUCCAACAUCUGGAAGGGAACAAAAUUAUGCCGCUUCCAUUUGCAAUCCUGGACUAAUGUUUUUUUGUUUUAAAGAUUAUUAUUAUCAUACAAAAUGACAAAAAACAAAACAAAUGCCACUAAAUAAGUGAUUAACAUAUUUAAUCUUUUUUUUUUUUUAUUUACACAGUAAAAAUUGGACAGUAAACUUCAGAGGUAAGCACACAGAACAUUGAUGAUUGAUUUUAAAGUACUAUUAAAGAUUCAGGUGUUCAUAAAUAUCAGGCCAGGCAUAUUUACAUAAACAACACAGUCACACAGUAAUUAAAAAUCAUAUUUUAAAACCUCACACGUAACUUGUCAUACAGGCUAUCUAUACCUGAUACAGCUUGUUGCUAAGAGAAAGGAAUUGCUGCCAUCCCAAUAUCCACAACAUACAGUGAGGCACAGUGGCACAUGGGCUCUCAGGGUUUAACUUACUU